AUGUAUCCCUCCUUGAUCCUUCCAUGGUCUGAUAAGCCAUCGGAGGCAGAAGCAAUCUACCGCGAUGCUGGCUAUAGAAAAACCAAAGGAACAUUGUUCCUGAUACCUCCACAUGAAGAGACCUUACGCGAAGCCUUCAAUGCUCCCCCACGACCCAAGACACGAAUGUCUUCAGGCGCUGUAGCACUCUGUAAGCAUUUUGAGCGUGGAGGAUGCUCAUCCGAGCAUGGUCGGCUCCAUCAGUUCUGGACAUUACCGGCUGGGAGCAAUGAGAACAAGACAGAGACUGCAAGCAAAAUACUCGAGCAGAUGCUCAGCGAGGCCAUUUGGAAGAACGUCAUGUUGUUACACCAUGGCGUGGCCGUCUACGAGAUCAGGAAUGCUCUUGGAUAUGGAAUGAGGUGGACGCUGGAACUUGGUGAACUGCCGAUAGGAGAUGAUCAAAACAUACAAAUUGUGGCGGGAUGCGUUGAAGGCAGGGCCAAUGAUGACUUUGAGAAGGAAUGGGAGAUAACGAAGACGACGUUCAGGGGGUUCCUGGAGCCAAUUGCUGGGAUGGACUCCGAACUGGAUCUUUCAGACGGUGGCAGGGUGAUGAUGGACUUUCUCUGA